AAAGGUCAAGAAUCGAUGGCCGCGGAAUGCACAGAUUGAAAGCCGUGGGAAAGAUUAUCGGUUUGUUUCUCAAGUUUGUACGACCUGGAAACUGCCAAACUAUUUCGCGGAAGACCCGAACGCCAAGCUACCGGUAAUACAGCAACAGCUGUAGAAUAUAUAUAUCGUUCGUGUUUGUGGGACUCUGUCGACAGACUGGCUAGCUGCUGUUAGCUGGCUAGCAUCUGCAUUGUUUUGGUUGUCGCUUUAUUUGGUGGCAAAAGAAAAAGUAGUCCCCGAACUUCCCCGGCCGAGGCAGGGGUCUGGACUGCUUGAGUUAUGUUUUUCUGUCCGUGCCGGGAAGAUGGAUGAAAGGUCCAGCAGCAGCCACCACAGGCUCUUAAUCGUCCUGCUCAUGGUGUUGCUCUUUGGCGUCAUUACGAUCCAGUAUGUAUGCCCGAGCAAGUCUGAGUGCCAGAUGCUACACCAGCUGGUGUCCUGGUUUAAGGACAACGGUGCAACUGGUCCCCGAGGCAGGGGCAAUGAGAUGCAAGCAGGGCUCCAAAAGGAUCCGUACAGUGCAGAAGACGGCGCUCUGGUCCGCUUUGUUCCCCGCUUCAACUUCACCAAAGCGGAUUUAAAUCGUGAGGUUGACUUCAACAUCAAAGGAGACGAUGUUAUAGUGUUUCUGCACAUUCAAAAAACAGGCGGCACAACGUUUGGCCGACACCUGGUGCGGAAUAUUCAGCUGGAAAGGCCCUGCGAGUGUCACGCAGGUCAGAAGAAAUGUACCUGUUACCGCCCAGGAAAAAAGGAAACUUGGCUUUUUUCCCGUUUCUCCACCGGCUGGAGCUGCGGGCUUCACGCGGACUGGACCGAGCUGACCAGCUGCGUCCCGUCACGCAUGGACUCACGGGAGGUUCCGGAGAACAUGCCCAGUAGGAACUAUUACUAUAUAACCAUCUUAAGAGACCCAGUGUCUCGCUACCUGAGUGAGUGGCGUCAUGUGCAGCGUGGUGCAACGUGGAAGGCAUCCUUACAUGUGUGUGAUGGACGUUCACCAACCCUGUCCGAGCUGCCGAGCUGCUACUCAGGCGAUGACUGGUCAGGGUGUUCCCUGCAGGAAUUCAUGGACUGCCCUUACAAUUUGGCCAACAACCGGCAAACCCGCAUGCUCGCUGAUCUCAGCCUGGUGGGUUGCUACAAUGUCUCUGCCAUGAAUGAGGAAGAGCGGUGGGCCGUACUCCUAGAAAGCGCCAAACGCAACCUGCUUGGUAUGGCCUUCUUUGGUCUGACGGAGUACCAGCGUAAGACCCAGUACCUGUUCGAGCGCACCUUCAACUUGGAGUUCAUUGCACCCUUCACACAGCUCAACGGUACACGAGCCUCCAGUGUCGAGGUCCCUGCUGAGACGGAGCACAGGAUCCUCAAGCUAAACCGAUGGGACGUAGAGCUGUAUGAGUAUGCCCGCGACCUUUUCCUGCAGCGUUUCCAGGUGGCCAGACAGCAGGAGCGCAGGCAGGCCAGGGAGAGGCGGCAACAGGAGAGGAGGCUUCUCCGUGGAAGGCUCGCAACAAAGCAGGGGAGGCAGCCGAAAACUACAGAAUCGCCCCGUCAGCCUAAGCAGCACUCUGUAGUAACUGAAGCAAGGCAGAGGGGAAAAGCUGACGGAGACAGUGAGGACUCAGAAGUGCUUCUUCCUGACUGGUGGGAUCAGGAUGAGAACAGCACCCUGGAGGAUUACAUGGACAAUGUAGAACAGUGGUAGUGACAAGAACAAGCAAUCAGAUGUCUUAAAGCUUAGUGUGCCAAGUUCUGCCUUGUUUGUUUUUACUGAAUCCAAGUGUUUUUUUUAUGAAUUGUUUAAGUAACAUACUUUUAUUUAUUGAUACUGAUUGUUUUUGUUAUAACUGACAGUCAAAAUGGAUACAUUUCCCUGACAGACAGAAAGGCUUGUUGAGGUACAGUACUUUACCUUUCAGCGAUCAAUUGCACCUUCUAGAUUGUUAAUCCUGACAUCCAAACACCUCUGAACUCAGUCAAAGCUAUAUCAAGCUUUGAAUGUGGCAAUUGUAUAUUUUUCAUUGUUAAAAGAACAAUGUUGUACUUGUUUCUGUAUCUGUAUGCUACUGUUUGUGAUUUACAAACUAUUUUUGCCAAAUUGCUGUCUUGUCUGAAACACAAUUUGAAAAGAUUUGUGAGUUUAAGCGUCUUAUUCACAAAAAAGGAGAGUGGAGUUGUCAUUGAUACCUCAAUGUGUAGCAUUUACAUCUAAUGUUGUACUAUUACUGAA